AUGUCAGCACCUUGCGCAAUUCCACCAAUCACCCAAACACCCUUACCAGGGGCUGGGCUAAAAGCACCAUUGGCAGGUAUUCCAGUUGGUCGCGAUCAAGCUUCGACUCUCGAGUUGGCGGACCUUGGAAUUGUCGAACUCGACCGUGAGUAUGGCCUCUGGUAUGCACCGACACUCGUUUCUUCAAAACCAGUACAGCAUCGACAUGCAGAUAUAACAUUGUUUGAGCAAGAACACCUCGUCAUCGACACCUCUCGUUCCUCGGAAAUUAGCUUCGCCCCGCUAACUGCACAACUCCUCGAGACCUAUUCACGAAACGCCCACAGUUGCUACCACAUCAAUGAUUUCUCUCUAAACUCAGCGCAAGGCUCAGACCUUGAAAUCCGCUCGCUUACUACCUUAUCGAACACACAUAAUAUCCUUGAUGCGAUGUCGACGACCGUUACCAGCGCUCCGGGUUCACCUCCCGACCUAUCGGGCUCUCGAUCCUCAAAAUCCUCCUCCUAUUCCUCGACCUUUUCAAGUCCGGAUGGCUUGGAGGCAGACAUAAUCAACUUUGAAGAGAUUGGCUUGGAAGAUGAUAAACAUGCAACGCCGAGAUUUUGUCACUCGCGCGACGUCUCAAUGCAGUCGGUGGGCUCUCAACACGAACUGAUGAAGACGAAAGACUCUUGUCUCGGGGAGAAGAGGCCUACGCUCCCACAAAUACAGACUCAAGUUUCGGUAUCAGGAUCUAGGCACGACUCGUCACCACCAAGAGUGGCUGGCUCGAGACUGGCGACUUUCAAGCGUGGAUUCACUCGCCCAGAGACGUUUUAUGACUCCAGCAGCAUGAGAACUAGGUCUUCUUCCCCUCCAAACCGAAGAAACCCAGCAUCCUUCUCAACCCCCUCGCUCAGUGCUGGCGGUCUUCAGCCGAUCCCUCAGUCACCGGCAAAUGCUUUAGGACUGCAAGCUAGGCGUGCCUCAUGGCAGCCCCACAGAAAAACGGUCAAAGAAUUAGAGGCAGAAUAUCACGACUCUGACGAUGAGCUCCCUGAGGAUGCGAGUUUGUGGAACGUCCCUGUUUCCCCUCAUGCAGCAGGACAAAGGUCACAUCGUUCCAGCUUUCGUGGAAGCCCGGAAAGGUAUCAACCAACACCAAGCCCACGCCCGAUACCUCUAGAACAUGCAAAAACAGUUCCGGAAGUACCUCCACGACCAGGUCGCCAUUCACAAAGUCUGCCAAAGACCAGACUCCCUCCAAGAUCCGUCUCGCUCACCCCUACGACGUCAAAUCCCUCGUCCCCCCACAAAACUGGCCACAGUCUUAGCGGCAGAACAAAGUCGUGGAACCUUGCUAUGGCUGAUCUGAGUGAGGAAGCAAGGAUCAUAUCGGAGGCGUUGGAGUAUCAUGCUGAGGCAAAGGAACAAGAACGACUUGAAAGAGUCCGUGGUGAAUUAUCACGAGACAGCCUCGAAACCUCGAUGGAUCGCGGGUCGAGGUCCUCGUCCAUUCAGCUUCCUCCAAUUCAAAAGAGCACGUUAGAUUUCAUGCCGAUCUCCAAGGAAAAAGAGGCCAUCCUCUCACGGACGAGACCAUCGUGGUUACCACCGAAAGAUCCGAAAGAGGAAAGGCGGCAUUUGAAAGAGUACCAACGGAUGAUGGCGGCCUCAAUUGAAGCUGAUAAGAAGCGUCGCACGAAGCUGCAGGUUCAGCAAUGCGAAAAGGAUGACACCAGAGAGUCCUUGAAUCGGAUCUGGCAUUACUAUGUUGACGAGACUACGGAUAUCACGACCAUUGACAAACGCGUCAAUAAUCUUUGCUGGCGCGGCGUCAGUCCGAAUCUUCGCGGGAAAGUUUGGCAAAGAGCAGUAGGAAAUCCUCUGGGACUUACCGUUCAGAGCUACGAGAGAGCUUUGCAACGAGCAAAAGAAAUCAAGAAGCGGACCGGCGAUCAGCUUGGCCGAGAUGAAAAGAGCAUGGAACGGUGGUUUGUCGAUAUCGAACGAGAUGCCGAAACGGCUUUCCCUGAGCUCAACCUGUUUCAGCGGCAGGCACCCCUGUGGCAAGAUCUCAUAGACGUUUGCGAAGCUUAUGCAUGUUACCGCAGUGACGUGGGGUACAUCUAUGGGAUCCAACUUAUCGCCGCGUUACUUUUAUUGCAACUGUCGACCCCCGCAGAGGCCUUUAUCCUUUUAGCCAAUUGCCUCAACAGGGCUGUGCCGUUGGCAUUCCAAACCGAUGAUACGACUACUACAAAUCGCACUUAUAAUCACGCUGUGUCGAUCUUGGGUAUCAAAUUCCCGCGUCUAUAUGAUUACCUCUUUGGGUCACUGGAACAGGGUUGCCUUGGCUUCCGCGGAGAGGAAGUUUUCGAACCAAUGCUCCGGACAAUCUUUUCCAAUGGACUAGAUGUCGACCGUCUUUGUCGCAUCUGGGACAUAUGGAUCUUUGAGGGUGAUCGGACCUUGGUCAAUGCGGCGGUGGCUAUCAUGGGCAGUCUUCAACAACAACUCUUCGACGUACAAGGUGAUGCCGAUCUGAAAAGACGAAACAUUCAGGAAAUGUUGGGAUGGGGUCCCUUCAACCGUCUACCUCAGUCAGGACAUUGGAAUCUCCAGUCCGUUGGUGACGAAGACAAAUUUGUGGAAGAAGUGCGACUUGCAGGAAUGCUCGACUACACCGGCAAAUAA